GUGGAACCCAGUUCUCUCACUACCAAGUGUUCUGGGCAACUACCACUUCAAAGUUCCAAGUGUUUAGCUUCAUCAAAAAGUUCCAGUCUUGGCAGAGAAACUGGAACAGAAAGCCAAAGAAAUCUUACCAGGUUAUAAUCUAAAUUUGUAUACAUCUCUCUCUUAUGGAACUGGCUUUGGCGUCUCCGUUGUUCCCUUCAAAUGUUACAAGAGGUGUCGAUAAGAUUAAGCCUUUUAGCUCAAUGUUUGCCACCCGAAAGCUGCCUGCUCGAACAUUGUUUCCUUGUUUGGCAGCUGUGGCUACCCAAACACCCCAGACUGUGGAGUUUGAUGUAGAGAGCAAAAAACAUGAGCUGUUGAGAGCUGUCCAAGACACAAAAAGGGGCCUUGUUACAACUGAUGAUCAGCGCUCUUCUAUAGAGGAGGUUCUGGUGACUGUGGAAGGAUAUAACAAGGGUGCACCUUUAGACUUGGUGAAGUUGGAUGGGACAUGGCGGUUGCAAUAUACUUCUGCUUCUGAUGUUCUCAUUCUUCUGGAAGCAGCUGAAAGGGUAUCUUUCUUUCAGGUUGGGCAGAUAUUUCAAAAAUUUGAAUGCAGAGACCAGUCCAACGGGGGUAUAAUUCGUAACGUUGUCAGAUGGAGUGUUCCACCAUUGUUAGAGGAAGAAGAUGGUGCUACUCUGCUAGUUUCUGCCAAGUUUUCUAUUGUCUCCAGGCGUAACAUCUAUCUUCAGUUUGAAGAGAUUAGUGUUCAAAAUAUAAAAAUUGGUGAACAGCUGCAGGCUUUUAUAGCUCCAGCAUUACUUCCGCGAUCGUUUUUAAGUUUGCAGAUCUUACAGUUCCUCCGGACUUUCAAAGCUCAAAUUCCUGUUAAUGAUCCAGGAACAGGAAGGCAAUCAGUAGGAGGACUCUAUUACCUUUCUUACUUGGAUGGAAAUAUGCUUUUGGGACGUGCCGUUGGUGGCGGAGGAGUUUUUGUUUUCACUAAAGCUCAACCCCUGGAGUAGGCACGCUGCCGUUUACUUCCCUGCGGAAGAAAGCUGGGAAAGACAUGGCAUGGAACUCUUCAGGUGAAGUAAAACUUAGUUGCAACGGUGCUUACAGCGCUCAUGUGUUUAUCUUUCUCAUCAUGUGCCUAGGUCACUUGAUAAGAAAGUGAGACAGCAUUUGGACUAUCUGAAGAGUGAUCAACAAAUAUCAACUAUUACCA